CGCACAUUCUCAUCUUUCAAAUCCGCCUCUCACUUGCUUUUCCAACAGCGAAAUGAACAGAACGAUAUUUUUUACGAUUUUCGCCUUAAUUUUGAUAAAUUAUGCAUCAGCAAAACCGAUUCUUGAAGCAGAACCUGAAUCACCGAACGCGAACGAAAUAACAACAACAAUUGAGGUCACAGAAAAACCGUCUACAAUUUUUAUGUCGUUUUUAGCCUUGUUGCUACCAAUUUCGAAACCAACAAUAAAUGAUGAAAAUCUUGAUAGUAAAACACCAGAAAUGCGUUUGCAACGAAUCGAAAGACAAGCGAAAUUAAUCAAUGGAACUGAAGAAGGAGAUGCGCCUUUUGUCUCAAUUUUACGUCAAAUUAUGACUACGGCUAACGCGUUAGAAAAACCCGCGUUGAUUGACGAAUCGGAAGCUCCGUUUGUCUCUACUUUACUGAUGAGAAUUUUACCAAAAAGUAAUGGUACAAUGAAUAUUAACGAGAUGAAAGAGUUUGUAUCAACUUUGCUGAAUUCCACGAAAACUAGAGUGUUUAAUGCAACUGAAAAACUGGAUGGGACAACUGAAAGAAUUGACAAUAAAGCUGAAAAUACAACUCAAAUAAGUGAUAAUAUCUCUGAAAAAACUUUGGAUGAAGCAACGGAAAGCAUUGAAAAUAAUUCUCAAAAAACUUCGACUGAUGAUAAUUCUGAAAAAACUGUGGAUUCGUUGAGUCUUGGAACAGAUGAUAAAACAACGGAAAUUGGUGAAAAAUUGAAUGAAAAAUCUGUGGAAAAAGAUGAUAAAUUAUUACGUGAGUUUGAAGAUUCGAUCAAAUUUUUAACUCAAAAUUUCGGUGGAAUCUUUCCGCCGCAACAAAUUCAAGAUAACGUAAAAGUGAAUCAACUGAGCAGUAAAACAGAUGUAGAAAAAGACAAACAUUUUGAAGAAUCAGGUAAUAACUGCGAUUUUCCUUAUCCCGCAGCUAUUGAUGAGGAAUCUGUUAAUGGUAUGAUGAAGAGAAGCGAAGGUUCUGGUUUGGAAAACGAUGAGAAUGAAGAUGUUGAUUACGAUUUGGUGAUUUUGGAUAAGAGGAUUAAAGGAAACGAUGCAAAUGAAACGAACGAAUUGAAAUUAUCGAAAAACGUGUUGGAAGUUUUCGAUGAAGUUGUGAAGAAUUUCAUGAAAGAUGAUGGGAUUAUGAUCAAAGUUGAAAGUGAAUCAGAUGAUGGUGUUUUGGUAAACGAUUUGUUGGGUUUAGAUGAGAAAUUGAAAGUUGAUGAGAAAAGUGAUGAUGAUGAUGAAAUUGUUGUUAAUAAUUUUGGAAAUGUUUGGUUUUUGGCUGGAAAAGUUGAUUUAGAUGAUAAGACUAACGUAAUUUUGGAUACAAGAAAUCAAGUGGAUGUUGAGGAAUCGAGUGUAGAUGAUGAAUUGUUGAUUAACGAUGAAGAAAAUGAAGUUGGUGGUGAAGGAUUCGAGGUGUUGGAGAAGGAGCAUAGGAAAAUCUUCGAGUUGGUGCGGAAUAUGCUCGAAAAAUUGAAUUGAUCUUUAAGUAAAU